AUGGCCAAAGUGACCUGCAUUGUGAUUUGGUUGCUCGCCGGCUUGGCCAGCCUUCCGGUUGUCAUUCACCGCAAUGUCUUUUUCAUCGAGAAUACGAAUAUCACGGUCUGCGCUUUUUACUACAAAUCCCACAACUCCACCCUUCUGGUGGGGCUGGGACUAAGCAAAAAUAUCUUGGGUUUCUUGAUUCCUUUUCUGGUGAUUCUGACAAGCUAUACUCUGAUUUGGAAGACCCUGAAAAAGGCUUAUGAGAUUCAGAGAAACAGACCAAGAAAUGAUGACAUUUUCAAGAUCAUUAUGGCAAUCGUCCUCUUCUUUUUCUUUUCCUGGAUCCCACACCAGAUAUUCACCUUUCUGGAUGUACUGAUUCAGCUGGGCAUCAUAAAGGACUGUAAAAUCAUAGAUAUCGUGGAUACUGCGAUGCCCAUAACCAUCUGCAUAGCAUAUUUUAACAACUGCCUGAAUCCCCUCUUUUAUGGCUUUUUGGGAAAGAAGUUUAAGAAAUAUUUUCUUCAGCUCCUGAAAUACAUACCACCCAGGUUCAGCUCUCAUUCCAGUCUAACAACAAAAAUGAGCUCUCUUUCCUAUCGGACAUCAGAUAACUUAAGCUUAUCUGCUAAAAAGUCAGUGGCGUGCUUUGAGGUUGAGUGAUAGACUUUGAAAAAAACAGGGGGCUGGAGAGAUCAUAUGAGCAAAAAAAGAAAAGAAAAAUGGCAAGGAUUGACAUCCUUGGAUAAGUAUUCUGCAACUUGACUGAACAGUUGGCAAUUUUCUCUCCACCAACAGAAAUAGGCAACAUAAUGAUUAGAGUGAACAGUUUUUCUACACCUCUGAACAAAAUUUUUCCAUUCCUUCUAUAACAAAUAGAAAGAAACUUGAGAGAGAGCAUGGCGUGGUGGAUAGAAUACUGGACUUGGAGUUUAAAAGAUGUUGACUUUUUAUCUUGCUUUAGUCAUGUACUGGAUAAAAUUAAUUGACCUUUCUGAGCCCCUGAUUUCUUAUGUGAAAAAUGAGAUGAUUGGAAUAGAUGUCAAGUCUCUUCCAUCUUUAAAUCUGUCUGAAUGAAAUUUAAACUUUCUCAAGCCAAAUUGAACACUAUCUUCCACUGGGUAGAAGUCUGAGUAUUGUCAAAAGAUGUCAGACUGUGAAUCCACCAUGUGAUGACUUUUCAAAGUUCUGGUGGCCCAGUAAGAUUCUGCUCUCUCUCCACUGAUACUCUGAAAAUCUCCUCUUGCCUGCUUUCAUUAUUACUCCAAGUUUGAAGACUCCUUCCAUGGGUGCAGAUGAGCAACAUGUCUGUAUCUCAGAGUGUCUGAGAGCUCUCUGGGAGGACUUGGGACUUGGAUGCUUGCUCCUGCCCCAGACAGGACUUUAUUCCAAGGUCCUGCCCUCUCUCUAUCAACUACAGCGCCAUCCAGAUAGAUUACGAAGGAGACUUGGCUUUGAGGGUCCAAAACAACCAAGCAGGAGAGGAGAGCAGCAAGGGUACCCCGCCACACCCAUUUUCUAAUGCGUGGUAUUUGGGUUCCUGUUUAGGUGAAAUAGCAUCUGUGGUUGAUUUGUAAAUGGAACUCCAAAUUUUUCUUUUCAAGGUUCAGAUUUUUGUGCAAUUCAGCCGGUGUGUCUUGUAUGUUUGUCACAGCCAAUGCAAUUCUAGCUAAACUACGUCUUUAUGUAAAAAUGUGUUCCAGGGCUCAUGUACAAAAGGUAAACUGCUCACGGGUAUGGGAGCAUUACUCUGGUCCUGAACUGAACGUGAGUGUGUUCCCUGUGAUCCUUGUCAUUUUUUGUAUCUGAAAAGAAAAAAGAGAAAUAUGUCCCUUCUGGCACAAAUGCCAAAACCCGGUUCUUCUGUAUGCAUAUUUAACUGUUUGCUGUUAUUCAGUUAAAAUAUGACAAAGCUGUAACUUCCAUAAAAUCGAGACAUGCAUUUUAUCCUUAUUAUUUUAAUAUAUUCCUCUUUGGAGUUAAACAUAACUGUGAAUAAGUAUGUAAAUAAUUUACACUUAAUUAUAUCCACUUAUAUCUUAUUGGUAAUGGCAACUGCCAUAUGUAUGCUUUCAUAUGAAGGUGUAUAAACAUACAUGUACACAUAUACACAUGCACAUACCAUCAUUGGAAAGCUUCAGACAAUAGCUGGUUAUUUACACUGGAAAAUCUGAGCACCAGCAUACACUUUCCUGAAUAUUCUAAAUACUUUUCAUGUAACACUUAAAACCUUUUCUCAUGUUAAAAUGUUAUAUUUCUCUUCCUUUCAGGUUAUUUCCUUAUGUUUGUUUUUCUAUUAAAAAAUUAAAGAACAAUAGUAUUUUGUGACCAAAUAUUGGAAUAUAUCUUUUUAUUUCCUUAAUAAAAAAUAUUGUCACU